GGGAGGCGCGCGCUUGCUCCAAACUUUAAGGCGCUCGAUGUGCGUCUCCUCGCCAGCUUCUUUUCGGGGGGCUCGUUUGGCGGGCGCGACCUGGUGGUUCUUGGCCACCUUGACGACGAUGACUGGCGGGGAGACGCUUCGGAGGGGACUUUGAGGUCGGGCGGUUCUUUCCCCGCGGCUCCUUUGGCCGGGUCGGCGGAUUUCUAAUUCCUGACGCCCGGAGAAAAUGCCUCCGGAGCGACGGCAACUUUGCCCUGCGGGCCCCCCCGGGAUCGCAGAGGGCGGGGUCGGCCGCUCCAGUUGAUCUGCGCCGCUCUCAGCCGCCGCUCCUGCCAUGCGGUCCCUGAACAUUACCCCGGAGCAGUUCGCGCAGCUUCUGCGGGACAACAACGUGACUCGGGAGCAGUUCAUCGCCCUGUACGGGCUGCAGCCUCUGGUCUACAUCCCGGAGCUGUCCCGGCGCACCAAGCUGGCCUUCGUGCUCCUGUGCGUGCUCAUCUUCGCCCUGGCGCUCUUCGGCAACUGCCUGGUCCUCUAUGUGGUGGCCCGCCGCAAAGCCAUGCGCACCGUCACCAACAUCUUCAUCUGCUCGCUGGCGCUCAGCGACCUGCUCAUCGCUUUCUUCUGUGUCCCCUUCACCAUGUUGCAGAACAUCUCCAGCAACUGGCUGGGGGGUGUCUUCGCCUGCAAGAUGGUGCCAUUUGUCCAAUCCACUGCAAUUGUUACUGAAAUUCUCACAAUGACUUGCAUUGCUGCAGAAAGACACAAUGGCAUUGUACAUCCAUUAAAAAUGAAAUGGCAGUACACCAACAGAAGAGCAUACACAAUGCUUGGUAUAGUCUGGUUGGUGGCAGCUAUUGUUGGAUCUCCUAUGUGGCAUGUGCAGCGAUUAGAGAAUAAAUACGACUUCCUUUAUGAAAAGAAGUAUGUUUGCUGCUUGGAAGAAUGGGCUAGUCCUAUUCACCAGAAGAUAUAUGCAACAUUCAUAUUGGUCAUCCUUUACCUUCUCCCACUUAUGCUGAUGCUGUUGCUCUACAGUAAGAUUGGCUAUGAGCUCUGGAUUAAGAAAAGAGUCGGAGAUGCUUCUGUUCUGCAAACUAUGCAUGGGAAUGAAAUGUCUAAAAUAUCACGGAAGAAAAAGCGAGCAAUUAUUAUGAUGGUGACUGUUGUGGUUCUGUUUGCAGUCUGCUGGGCUCCUUUUCAUGUAAUUCACAUGAUGAUAGAAUACAGUAAUUUUGAAAGGGAGUACGAUGAUGUCACCAUUAAGAUGAUCUUUGGUAUAGUUCAGAUAAUUGGAUUUUCCAAUUCCAUUUGCAAUCCCAUUGUUUAUGCCUUUAUGAAUGAGAACUUCAAGAAAAACUUCGUCUCUGCAAUAUGCUUCUGCAUUAUAAAACAGAACCAGUCUCCUUCCAGGCAGCAUGGACACUUGGGAAUUAAAAUGUUGCAACACAAAGGAGGUGUCUGUAAGAGAGAGCCUACCUACUCAGAGGAGAGCAGAAGGGAAGCAUUCAGUGAAGGGAACAUUGAAGUCAAAUUCUGUGAUCAGGUCUAUGCCAAAAAGAAUUCCAGGAGGCACGUUUCUUUGUUUGCAUCUGAACUCACAGGUUCCUCUUUACUUGGACAUUAAUAUACUGAUUCUUCAUUGCAUUUUAGCAUUUGACAGUCAAUGCACUUUUUACUAGGUCUGAUCAAUUUAGAGUGUUUAUAUAAACUGUAGAAACCUGACGUUCCAUGUUCAUCUGCAAAAAUUCUUCUUGUUAUAGAAAGAAAUGCAUUCUCUUUGCAAAAUAUCGUGCUCCAUCUUUCAUUUGAGGUUGGUGGCCUCAAGGAUCCUGAGCUUGAGGAGUGCUCCCCCAAGACUGGAUUUAAGUAUGGCCACCCAUUGCAUCAAUGUGUCCUGGCAGUGAUUUGAUUGACUAUAACUAUUGAUGUUUUUAACUUUUGGCUCCUUACUAAUAUUCUAAAAUUUCUUUGGAGGUUUUUGCUUGGUUGGUUUAGUUUCUCUUCCCCUCUCUUGUGGUUGUUAGUGAUUUGAUUGAAGCAGACCAGCUUCCUUUUCCACAAUCAGCACAAUACAGGAGAUUGCGUGCCUUGGCUUUUGUAUUGGCUCCCAUUGCUGAGGACUGGGUUACACUGCAGGAGCCAGCUUUUUCUUUCUUUUCCUCAGCCCUUUCCUCCAUUCAUUUGGCAAGCUUCCUCUGAGGCAAUGUUGAACCUCUUCUUCUUUUACUCUUUUAUUAACUGUCUCAAGAACAAGAGUCUGCUCUGCUAUAGAACACCGUCCUGGGCUUAGCAUUUCUUGAAGAUGCAUGGAGAGCUGUAUUUGACAACAUUGCUUGUGGACUCUCUGCAGGCAUUUGAGAGCAAAGCUUUGGAACACCAUGUGCAAUUACUUCAGAUCUAACCUAAGGACAAAUUCUUUUUCGAGGAGCAUCUCAGAAAUGAGUGUUGGUUUAAUUCUGUGUCUUCUUUUUUUUGCAGGUGUUCUUUUCAAAUGUGUCCUUUUUGAGAUUCCCACUCCAAAAUUCGAUCCACAAUGAAAGAUUUCUAAACUCUGCUUGUACUUUUAUUAAAUAAAAUCUGUUUCUUUCUAUAACAUGUAUUAUUGAAAUAAAUGGCUGAGUAGAAA